UGGGACUGUUGGAUGGGGACUGUUGGAUGGAUGGGGACUGUUGGUUGGAUGGGGACUGUUGGUUGGAUGGGGACUGUUGGUUGGAUGGGGACUGUUGGUUGGAUGGGGACUGUUGGUUGGUUGGGGACGGUUGGUUGGAUGGGGACGGUUGGAUGGGGACUGGUCGUUUGGGUAAUCGUUUGGGACUGUUUGAUAAUGACUGGUUGUUGGGUAUGCCUAGUUCUGGAACAUUUGAAAGGUACUUUAGAGGUUAGUUAAGAAAAUCAUUAUUGGAGACUUUUUGAUGGGGAAUGUUUGUUAACGAAUGUUUGUCAAUAGAAUGAUGGUUACUAAUAGUUCAUUAGGGUAUGUUUGCUAAGAGAAUGAUUUUUUUUACUAACUGUUCAUUAGGGUAUGUUUGUUAAGAGAUUGAUUGUCAGGGAAUGUUCAUUAAUGAUGGUUGGUUGGAGAAUUUUCUUUAAAAGACAGUUUUGCGCCUUCCUAGUCUUAUAAGGUGUUGUAAAGCAACUCCAAAUAUUUAAAAGUAUAUCCAAUCGAACUGCAGAUGAAUUGAAUCACUGUUGAUUUUUAAGUGAAUGGGAACUAGGGGCAUUUACCGAAUUCAAUUCCAUGGGAUGCGGACCUGAAUCCGGUUGUUACCAUGGGAGCGGUCUUUCCAGAAGGAAUCCUCCUUCUUUAAGUUGCUAUGGAACUCAGAACUCUUGUUUGGAACCUGUUUGCCCUUCAGAGAACAAGCAAGGGGGGGUCGGCCUACACACUCUUGACCAAAGUAAUUUAUUAAUACACUUUCUCCUGCCUAAUUUAGCGUGCCAAGUUUUUAAUACCUGUUUGAAUGUGUUGGGUUUGUGGCAUUUAAUUUCGUUGAAUUAAAGGGAAUAAAAUCCUCUGACCAACAUUGGCUCUUUAAACGUCUCAUCUGUAUUAUUUCAAUUUCGAUGCAGAAUCGGUUGGCGUAUGACCUUUUUUGUAAACGCCAUGGCAAACACAAAAAACAGCAAUGUGUCUUCAAAUAUCAGGUUUCCCCUCAGCAGUGUCCCUGUCGGGCUGGUCAGGUUACCAAACGGUUGCUAUGGUACCGGCCCUCCAACACUCCAAAGUUUGGGUCGAGUCUGCUCGCAGGCUCUGCAGUCUGUAUCCUGUGAGUUACAAUCCCCCCGAGGGAGGUAAAGGAGGGCCAUGUCCGUUCAGCCAGUACCGCUGGGGUCUGUGACCAUCGGGGCCCCGGCCUGGAGGGAGAGCACCGAGCUCAGCCUGCGGAGAGCGUGCCGCCUGCUCAGGCAGACCGGCCUGGGGCCGGGCGGCACCGCGACGGGUCGCCCCCGGUCCGCUACCACCCCCGGUUGCCCCAAACACGGCAGCACAGAGGACAAGACCGCGAAGCACCGAGACACCACAGAGGACGACGGCAACGGCAGGGACCACGCCGACAGCCGCGGCGGGGGUUGUAGUAUCACUAGACCCCAGACGAUAGGGACAACGUUUCCACCUGCUUCCAAAAGCUCAACUUUGGUGCCUUCCCAGGCGGCCAGUCUGCGUGAGCGUUGCGCCCGGCAGAGCACGGCAACGGCGGGUGAAUACAUGCGCUGGGUGAGAGAGGUAGAACUUCGGCUACGCAGACAGGCUGGUAGAUCAAGCCAGGAGAUCGCCAAAUUGGAGCGGGAGCGCGCACAUCUUGAGAUGAUGCUGCGCAGCCUCAGAAACGACCUGCAGGUUAACCGGGAGAGCGCUGGGCACCGGACCGAGAGGAGGCCUCAGCGGGACGGUGCUGAUUUGAUGCUGGCCUGGGAGAGGCGUGAGCUGACAGAGAUGAAACAUGACGUUGAGGAAACGCUGAGAAAGACGCAGCAACAGCUACAGGUUCUGGACGAGUCCAGCAGGGACCUCCAGAUGUGGUCCAGCCAGCAAGCCCUGGUUCUGGUCCUGCUCCCCCAUCGCGGCUCGGUGCCCGCCCCACAUCCCCCACCAGCCGCCACCAGAACACUACCACCGACCUACGGCUUCACCUCAGAGUCUGAGCAGGUGUUGGACUCCUCCUCACUAGCCAUCAACCAAUCACAGCGGUUACGGGAGCAGAUCAGACACACGCUGAGCGAGGUGGUUGCAAGGCAACGGGCGUCACAGCAUGUGGUCAACGGUGGUCUGGUGAAGAAAGUAGCGGAGACAGUCACGCUGGAGCGGAGCCUGGUGCUGACGGCAGCCGCCACCAGACAUGCGGCGUCUCGGAAACAGCGGGAGGUCGACUCCCUCCGCCUCAGCCACGGGAGGGCACAGGGCCCAGAGUCCAGCAGUGAUGUGUUCUGCAGGGAGAGGCUGGGCCGUCCUGUGGUCCAGGUGUACCAGAGACACCCAGGCACCGAGCUCCCCGAGGCCACACACCUGCUACAGGGCAGUGCGGUGUUGGGCUAUCGUUUGGGUGAGUCUGAAGACGACGCAGCACGUCUUCGGCGCUGCUUCCUCCAGCUGUGUGGAGAGGCGCGAGGGAAGCGUGCGGCCGCGCGUCGCGACACAACCGUGGUACGCAUGCGACUGCAGCGUGGCGACAAGCGAGUAAUACCUCACAUCCUCCAGCAGGGGGAGCCAAAGGUGACGCAAGAAGAUGAUUCAUUAAGUCAUAGAAAUAUAAAUUAAGGACCUCAAUAUGGACCCUGUUUAUUUGAACAACAUGAAAUAUUAAAUUACGUUGAUUGAUCAUGAUUCAAAUCAUGAUUAUGAUUGCUGGCUCAGAGUGAAACUUCCACAUUCAUGAUCAUACGGUGCACUGUAAAAGUUUUGAAGUGUGAUGCAUUCUUAAACGAAUAAAACAAACCUUACUGGCUCAA